CUGGAGGAACACAGCAGGCCAGGCAGCACCAGGGAAGCAGGAAAGUCGACGUCGCGGGCUGGGACCCUUCUUCAGAAAGUUGUCGUUGUGCAACCUGCAGAGAGCCCCUGGAGCUGACCCUCGGGGCGGCUCCUGAUUGGCUGACGUUGACCCCGUGCUGACCCAUGCACCUCCUCUCCAUAGAUACCGAGUCCUACCGACCGGCCGCCAUUUUGAAGCUAGCGGCGGUGACCGGAUCUUUGCGGCCGGAGGCGGCGGUUGCUGCUGCUGGACAACGGGAGGAGAAACUAAGGUGAAGCCGGCGGACGGAGCCCCGAGUCUUGGGCUUGUUCGAGCGCCUUAAACUUUCUUCGCGCUCCGUCUGUCCGGCCGCGGUGCUUCUGAACCCACUUCGCCGGGAUGAGUGACUCGGAGAACAGGACGGACGGCAUCGAGCCGAAGAAGGAGGGCGGCAGCGUGCUCAACAGGAUGAAGAGCAGGAAAAACCCGGAGCCCGAGGGCCUGACCCCCAUCACCGAGGCCGAGCUGCUGCAGCAGGACUCCAUCAACCCUCUCGAUGUGCUGUGUCUGCAGAGCGCCACCGAGACUUACUUGUGCAAACCUGAAGACAACAUUUACAACAUCGACUUUACACGAUUUAAAAUUCGAGACAUGGAAUCUGGCACUGUUCUGUUUGAGAUUGCCAAACCACCAGCCUCAGAGCAAGAAGAUGACACUGAUGAUGAGAACGGCGAAAUAGAUACCAGCUCAGGACGUUUUGUUCGUUAUCAGUUCACUCCUGCCUUUUUGAGACUGAGAACAGUUGGUGCAACGGUAGAAUUUACAGUUGGAGACAAGCCUAUAAACAACUUCAGGAUGAUUGAAAGACAUUACUUCAGGGAGCGGUUGCUGAAAAGCUUCGAUUUUGAUUUUGGGUUUUGUAUUCCGAACAGCAGAAAUACUUGCGAGCAUAUAUAUGAAUUCCCGCAACUUUCUGAAGACAUCAGUAUGUAUUUCCAACUUCUUUAA